UAAAUCCGAAAUCACUAUUUGUCAAGGCUGAUGUAAAAAAAGUAUUUUUUGUGUAUCUGUUCUUGGUACGCUUUAUUGUCAUUAUGCUGCCUUUGCUAGGCUUUAUUUUAAAUGUCCAGCUCUUUUUCUUUGCCCCGGAAGUUGAAGGUUUGUUUCCGUCUUCUUCUCGUUACUCGUUAGCAGGAGACGCUAGUUAAGCUAGUAGCUCGUGAGGGACGUGAACGUCCUUGUCUUUGUGUGCCGUUAGAACCACUUGAGAUGUUGUAAGUUCUUCCAAAUUUUCGGCUUUGCGUGCUCAGAAAGUCAGAAAUCAAGGCACCCAUACAAUUCUCCAACCAGGGCAUUUUUGGUUUUCGAAUCCAACGCUAUUACAGAAAUAUGGCGGAAGGCGGGCAUUACUACAGCGAGCACGAUGAUAGAACUGCACCGUUUCGCAACUCUAAAGGCAGAGGCGCCCACAAGGGUCGGGGAUUUGACAGGUCGCGCAGAGACCGCCAACGUGGAAACCACGCUGGAGGGUUUGGAGGCCCUGGUAACCGUGGGAGACUUAAGGAUACAGAUGGUGAUGUUGCUAUGAGUGACGGCUCUCAGGACAGCAGAUCCCAGCACAGAUUCAACCCAUAUGUACCACCCUUUCGUAAAGGAGAUGGACGGUUUGACAGAGAUAGACGGCAAGGCAGAGGGGCAGGAAAUGGUAGAGGUGGCUUCAGGGGAGACAGAAACAUGAAUUCCAGGUCGGGCUGGUACAAAGUAACGGUUCCACAUGGAAAAAAAUAUGACAAGAAGUGGCUAGUGACAGCUCUCCAAAAUAUCUGCUCGGUUUCCUACACACCAGUACAUUACCAUGUUGACCAUAACAGGGUACAUUUCUUUGUGGACGAUUCAGCUGCUGCCAAUGCUUUACACAAAUGCUCCCACAAGAUUACAGACUCAGAUGGUUUUAAGGUGGAAGUGCAUGUCAACCCAAGUGCUCCACCAUCCUUCCUUCAAUCUGACCUGAAACCUGAACAUUUGGAGCACCUGAAGCAAUGCAUGGCCAAACGUUUUGAUGGUUCCCAACAAGCACUGGACCUAAACAACAUUCGAACAGACCCAGAUCUGGUGUCCCAGAACAUUGAUAUAAUCUUGAAUAGGAAGACAAACAUGGAGGCUGUCAUUAAAAUCAUUGAAAAAUACAUUCCUGAGCUGACUUGUUUGAACCUGAGUAAUAAUCGGAUUCACAAACUUGAUGAACUGGCGGAUUUGGUUACCAAGGUGCCUAACCUAAAGACACUUAACCUGUCUAGCAAUGAGCUGAAGUCAGACCGGGAGCUGGACAAACUGAAAGGGUGGAAGCUGGUGGAGCUAUGGCUGAACAGAAAUCCCCUGUGUGAGCUCUUUAAGGACCAGGCCGCAUACAUCAGUGCUGUGCGGCAGAGGUUUCCCCGGCUUCUCAAACUGGAUGGUCAUGACCUCCCCCCACCCAUUGGAUUUGAUGUUGAAACGCCCACCACCAUCCCUCCUUGCAAGGGAAGCUGCUUCGGUACAGAUGAAAUCAAAGCUCUCAUCCUCCGGUUCUUGCAGCAGUAUUACAGUAUAUACGACUCAGGGAACCGGCAGCCUCUCCUGGAUGCUUACCAUGAUGGCGCAUCAUUGUCCCUCACUACACCUUACUCCACCCAGAACCCUUCCAGGAGCAGUCUUGGGGAGUAUUACAAAGACAGUCGAAACCUGAAGAGGAUCAAAGACUCGACGAUGCGAUUCCGGCUGCUGAAACACACACGCCUCAACGUUGUGGCUUUCCUCAACGAGCUACCAAAAACCCAGCAUGAUAUUGCUUCCUUUACGAUUGAUGUAAACACUUACACGAACACACUACUCUCUUUCACUGUGAGCGGAGUCUUUAAAGAAGUUGUUGUUGAUGGAAAAUCCAGAGAAUCCACAAUGGCCUUUUCUCGGGUUUUCAUCACUGUCCCAGCAGGAAAUUCUGGUUUGUGCAUCGUGAACGACCAGCUUUUCAUCCGAAUGGCAACAACAGAGGAGAUCCGUCGGGCCUUCGUGGCUCCAGCGCCGACUCCGUCCUCCAGCCCUGUCCCAACCCUCACUGCACCACAGCAAGAGAUGCUGACCGCCUUCUCACUGAAGUCAGGCAUGAACCUGGAAUGGUCUCAAAAGUGUCUGCAAGACAAUGAGUGGGAUUUCAACAGAGCAGCGCAGAUCUUCACGCAGUUGAAGACGGAAGGCAAGAUCCCAGACGUAGCCUUCGUAAAAUGAAGAAUUUACUCAGUUAUGUGAAAUAAAGGCUGCAGUAAUUUUAUUUAUGGCCUGUUUUCUUAUACUCAAUGCCUUUUUUUGUUGUACUACAAAUAAUGUAAAUCAAGUUUACUUGUGUUAACUAAUCUUUUAGCAGCAAAAUUGUUUGGCCCAAAGAUUGAAGAUGCUGUUGUUUUUUUCUUAUUGCAAGUUUACAUUAUUGCCAUUUGUAUAGAUACUAGUUACAUUUUUCAUAGGAAUAAAGACAUCUGAUGAUUACAAUUUGUUUAAUUGAAUCUGUUGAAUGUACGCAAUAAAAUAUAUUUUGGCACAUAAUUGAUGCAUUUCACAAAAAAAAACAUUGGGUUUUCUUGUGCCUUUCCUUCAUUUGUCAUUGUGGAUGUCACAGAUUUGUUGACAGGAGUGGAUCCCUUUUGUAAGAGAAAUCUGUAAAUAUAUUUCUAUACUGAG